AUCAAACGCCAAUUGCGAAUGUGCUACCUGCGAGAAAAACUCUCUCUUUAAGAAGAUUCACUUGGAGAGAGUUACGUGUGUGUGGCUGCUGCAGCGUUAAAGGAACUUUUAUCUGCAGGUCAUAGUUCCACAAAGGAAUCACAAUGCGGCGGAGUCCAAGUUUAAUUGGAGUUUUGUGUGUGUUAAGUACAGUCGCCUAUGGGUUAGAGACUCAAGUUAGAUUUGAGGAACGUGCACCAAAUUCUGACACAAUAAUCCACCAUCCUGCCGCGUCUUUGUCGAUUGCAGGGGAUCUGAAGGAUCUUAAAUUAAAGUCGUCCAUUGCACAACUAGUCCGAGCGUUGCAAACUCCAUCUGCUCAAGCCGAUCCCAGAAUACAAGCGCCCAAACCUGAUCUCGUAACCAAACAAAAUUCCAAUGUCCAUUCUUCGCAAGCUCGGAAGCUCAUCUAUGGGCUCGAGGUUCCAGAGCCCGUCGUCAUCUCCUCCCAGUCGAUUCGCAUCAACUCGAAUAAAACUGGGGGCAAGAGGUCUCGAGGAAUAAGCAGUUCUAGCGAAGUGGAUGAUGCCGACGGAGUAAGAACGAUCGAAGGUGUCCGAGUCCCGGACGAUGAGCAUGAUAAGCACCAUACUUGGAGAAAUGCCCGAGUGAUUAAAAACUUCCUAGUUCCCAACAACAGGGCCCCCAAUCCCCACAGGAAGCGACAAGUUGUGGUCCACACUGAUCCUCAAUCUUACAUGGCGGCAGCAGCGGCUGCAGCUGCCCAAGGUGCAACUACCAUCGUGGACACUGCAGUACAACAACAUGGUCGACCAGUGGCUUACACCCAAUCCGAUCUAGCAAACGCUGCCGCAUAUUUGGCCCAAAAUCAGCCUUACCACCAGCAAUAUCAGCCUCAACCUCAACAACAACCUGUUCAACCACCCCAUCAAUACCAACAGUAUCAAUUGCCCUCAGCUGCACAGCGAUCGCCACAAAGUGGUCAGACGACGGCUUUUACCUACGCACAGCAACCGGGUCAACAAAUGUAUGUGUUGCAAGAUGAUGGUGGCAAUACUUACGUGCAAUACAGCAGUCCAGUUCAAACGGGCCAGACCCAGGCACAACCUGUAAGUCAACUAUUUCAUUCACAAAGCCAAUUCAGUUCUCGAAGUGGUGAACCAGCAGCACCAACGAUCGCUCAGUCAUCUCAGCAAACCGUUGCUUCGCCCUCACAAGUUCAAAAGAACAGUGGGACCAGUAAUUCCCCGCAACAACUGCAGCAGCAAAUUUCGCAAGCUCAAGCUGCAGUCCAGGCUAUCCAGCAACUGAGACAAGCCCCGUCGCAAGUGCAACAACCCAGUGCUCAAGUGUCAGAGGUCAGUGGUGGUCAAGCUGCUCAUCAGAAAAGUGUUCAGGACAUUUUGACCGCUGCAGCAAGUAGUGGCAGCAAUCAGUACAUACUCCAAGCUGCAGGACAAAGUCGUAGUAGUGGUGGUAGCAGCAAUACCUUUUCAGGAGCAGGAGCAGUUCAAGCAGCAUCGCAGAACAGUUUUGUUAUCCAACCCCAGACUUACGUAACUGGUCCGGGAGGUCAAACCUUUACCAUCCCCGUUCCAGUACCAGCAGACCAAGCCAGUGGACAACCACAGCAACAACCAGGUCGGCAGGACUGGCAUCAGCAACACCACCCACACCAUAACCAACCACAAAAUUAUAGACAAAACCCGCAUGCAAAAAGUCGCAACAACUUUGCAGACAGAAUAAUGGAAGCGUUACACGUAAGCAAAAAGGGGUUUGAACGGAUGGACACGACCACCGCGGUCGUCCCUGCUCUUGCAUCCACUGGAAUUUUCCUGGGUCUCAGUGCCUUAGCUGCGGGAUGGUAUCUUUCACAAAAGAAUCGAGAAGUUGGAAUUGUGCGACGAACGGGAAAACCAGCGAGCCACAGAUUCCGCAGAGACGCCGCCGCUGCUGCCUCAUCUGUUAACAAUUACCCCCAGGAAGUCGACCAAGCAACAUUUUUCCAAUCUAUAAUACAGCAGUCUCUCGAAAAGACACAGCAACAGUAUGAGAACCAGGAACCAGCCUACAACAACCUCCAACAACAAGACCCAGUUUACAGUCGAGAACCUGAAGCUGAACGACAUCGCCCCAACAAGAAUUCUCGCAUCAGUCGACCACAAAAUAGGGAUGAUAAUGAUUCGUAUUAUGACAACCACAAGUCUCCAAAAACGCCAUAUGCACAAGAAAAAUCCGGAGCUGUCACGAUUGGAUCCUCCAAAAACUUUGCGAAAGUCUUCAUCCCUGCUUUGAUUUUGGGCUUGUCGGUUAUCAGCAUUACGGCACUUAUCUUCUUUUGGUAUUUGACAGGAAAUAAUCGAGAAAUCGCAUUCCUCGAGCCUUCCUCCCACUCUCGCAAGAAGCGUUCCCUCAUGGGUUCCACCGCCUUGUCUGAUGGCUGGCUCCAAAAGGCAAUCACUGCCAUUCACCACAACCCUUACGACCGAAUGCCUGCCCCAACCUCCAAAAGUCUCUUGCCACACCCGUUCAUGAAUAAAGAGACAAGUAAAACAUCGGAUCUUGAAUUUAAAAUCUCGAAUGCCGGACUCACAGGAGUUCUUGCAGGCGGGGCGCUGAUUGCGAUUGUUGCUCUAGGUCUGGCUAACUCUCUUUCAGAAACCUCUUCCACUCGGCAGCUAAAGAAUGGACGUGCUAACCAAAUUCCUUCUUCUUUUGCUCUCAAUAACUCGCACCUUAAACAUCUCAGGGCACCAAGAUCCCUCACCGAUGGAUACAAUGACUUGGAUGAGCCAGACACAAACAAUCCUGGAUUCCUGUCCUCAAUCAUGACUUCGAUUGAAGACGCGCAACAAAGCAUCGUCAGCAGUUUGCAUGAUGUCGGACUCUUUGACUCCAAGUCUGGAUGUUCCAAGCGACUUGUGUGCGAAAUUCUCCUCUCGGAAGACGACACCACCUUGAGGACGACGGAGAAGAAGGUCACAACAUUCUUUGACAUGCUGCCAAAUUCAGUGUCCAAGUCGUGGAGAGAAAGCUUUGACGAAAUCGUAUCAGCAGUGGAGAAGAGGGAUUGUUCCGCUUUCUCCUGUGGGGUUGGUUCAGUGGAAUAUUCUUCAGCCUCAAAUUCAAGAUAAAAAACGGGUGAUUUUUUUAUUUUCAAAUCGGAAAAAAUAUUUUUUACAAAAAAAUAUUUAGUGAACUUUCCUUGAAUACUCUUGAAAUUGUGUGUUUGAAAAAACUACCAAUUGUUAGCUUGCCGAGUUACUUGCUUCCUUUCUUCCACAUUUCGUUUUGUGCUCUACAGUAAAAAAAGUAGCUCGAUUGUAGCAAGAAGAGCAUAAAUCUGAACUGUGGUUGAAAUCAAGUGAAAAAUGUAUGCUUAAUAUUUAAAAGCGUUUUACUAUACAUAAGUUUAUACAUAUUACGAUAUUUGUUAGCAUUUCGACUGAGUUUACUCUCGUUUGGAGAUUUUAAUUAUGCAUAGGAAACAGAACAGGUUAGCACAAAAUUGUAUUGCCAACAACAAAUUUACUUUCAUAAGUAUUUUUAUGUAAUUUGCUCAGGUAUGUUAUCACUUAUACGUGUAGUUUUAAUUUUUAGCCAUUGUGAGGUUGUCUCUAGAUUUACUUGGUGCUUGGUAUUUAUUCUUAGUUUGUAGUAUAUAUUGUGUCACAUUGACGAGUGACGAGUGAAAGUGCAAUAAUACUCUGAUGAAAGUUGGGACAAACGGUAAAUUUAAGGGACAAUUUUCCAGAGAAAAAUGUCAAUCUAAUACUUGCAUGAAAUUAACGUAUGCGUUUUGUGAAGGUUGGAUUUUUAUACAUUUUAAAAACGAAUAAUAGUUACGCCUUGUGUUCGGUAAAGCCAUUAUGAUUAUUAUUUUUUUGAGUUAUUGGAACAGACAAAUGACACGAGAACGAAUGAUGAUGACGAGUAAAUAAAUAAAUAAAUGAAAUGUUAUAUAAUAAAAAUCGUAACGUAAAUCCGAA